GGGUACCCUCGUCCAGCCGGUUACAAAGCCACGCCGGCCGGCCCGGCCCGUCAGUCGGCACCCAGGUCUCUCCGCAGCUUCACGUACCUUCCACGCAGACUUCACAAUGGCCAUCAUCCUGUACGGAGACGAGCUGAGCCCGCCCGUGCGCGCCGUCAUGCUGACCUGCAAGGCCCUCGGCAUCGACUACGAGUUCAAGAAGGUCAGCCUCCUCAACGGCGACCACCUGAAGCCAGAGUUCGUCAAGAUCAACCCACUGCACACAGUUCCGACCAUCCAGGACGGCGACUUUGUCAUCUACGACAGCCAUGCCAUCGCCACAUACCUCGCCGACAAGGCAAGCGACGACAGCUGGUACCCCAAGGACAUCAAGAAGAGGGCCAUUGUGAACCAGCGCCUGCACUUUGACAACGCCAUUCUCUUUACCAGGAUCAGAGACAUGUUGGAGCCUGUCAUCUUCAGCGGCCUCUCCGCCUACCAGCCCGAGAAGACCCAGAGGCUGGACGCCGCCCUCGAGCUCCUGUCCAACCUGAUCCAGGACGGCGGCUGGCUCACCGGCGACAAGCCCUCCAUCGCCGACACCUGCGCCGCCGCCAGCGUGUCCACCAUCCUGGCUGUCCUGCCCUCCGUCAAGGUCCCCGAGAAGGUGGCAGCGUGGUUCAAGAAGUGCGAACAGGAGCUCCCCGAGUACCAGACCGUGAACAAACCCGGUGCCGACAACCUCGGGGAAAUCAUGCAGAGCAAGCUGAAAGAGUAGAGUUUAGGUUUUUUUAUAAGUCUAUAUACAAAGUUCCAGUCUGGAUUACAAAAAACAACACCUUCUUACGACAAUUUAUAUCUCGAGGAGAUAGAUCUGACAUUUUAUCUCGUCAACAUAAGUCAAAUGUCAUCUUGAUUUGCAACACACAUUGUAUCAUCAAUUUGUUAAAUUUUAUUUAAAUAAAAAUAUCUGACACCUUUCA